UAUUUUUUAUUCGGUACAUGAGAACUUAACAUCAAAAUGUAUGUUUAUGUAGUAUGUCAUCAAUCACAGCCUUUUAAUUGCAACAAUUCAAUUUGAUGCAAACAUCUCUGGUGGGGAAAUGCGCAUAUCGUUUUUAUUCGGAUUUUUUAAUAUUCGCAAUUUCGCAUGGAAAUAUGUUGCUAAUUAGAUGGAAACCUAAACUGUGUUUGAAUACUCAUACUAACCACACUAUUUGUUACGUAAAUUGAGUAUAUAGUUUGCUUAUUGGUCAUAGUAUAGAUAUAGUUAUUAUGGUAAAGAUUCUAACAUCUUUGUUGUUGGUAGAGUAUUUCAUUGUAUUAAAAUAUAGUUACAUUUAUUUUUGUAAGGUAAGAAAAUGUGGUGUUUUGUUUGUAAAUGUACAUUUUUUAAUAUGAAAUUUGGCCAAAAUAAUUCAAUUAUUUUCAUAACAUCGUUUCAACCUAUUUCUAUCGUAGGUAAAUAAUCCAAGCAGUACAUCUCUCCAUAAUAGUGUAAAAUCUUUAUAAAUGUGUUCAAUUAUAAAUCUACUGAUGUCUUGCCAAUAAUUCCUUACAUGAAUACAAUGACCAAAAAGAUGCAACACCAUUUCUGGGUGGGCAUUACAAAAGGUACAAUUUGAAUGUAUGUUUUUCUUAAAACUUCUUCAUAUAGUGGUUGGCAGGAUAAUAUUUAGGAAUAAUUUUAAAAGACACUUCCUUAAUUUUGUUAAUAAGUAGGUAUGUGUGUGGCAACAUCCCAACUUUUUUUUCCAACAGAUAUCAAUAAAAACCGUUCCAGUAAGGCAUGACAUAAGGUAUAGAUAGAUACAACAUCCUGCUGAAACAAGGCUUGAAUUGCUCUAUUGUUGUUGAAUGGACCUAAAGAAAAACACUUUUCUACUGAUGAGACAACAGGAUUAAUUGUAGGUAUGUUCUAAGGGUCAGGUCUUAACACGUUCCUGAAUAAUAAAGCAACACACGAGGGAAUGGUAUGUAAAACAAUUGCACAAUAUUUAGGUGUAAAGUGAUAAGAAUUCCUUAUAAUAAAUCAAAUAAGUUGGCUCACCAAUAGGAUAUUAUUUCUGAACCAAUAUUCUAAAAACAAAGAAGUGUCUAGAUUAUUCCAUAUAUCAUGUGUGUGGAGAAAAACAUAUGCUUAUAAUUGAAGAUCCAUAACAAGAAACCCUGCCGAUUAAAAGCCAAAAUACGAAGUAUAAAAGAGACUAUUUCCGUGCUUUUAGGGCCGAUAAUGCAAUUAUUUCAGGAAAUGGGCGUGGCUUCACAGCUUUAUAGAAAAAGGCGGAAAAUAUGCAGCUGAAGUCCAACGAAAGCGGAUACAAAUUCAUUGCUUGAACUAUUUAUGACAAAUGUUAAUUAAGCAAUGUAAUAAAGUCAGGACUUUUCAAAUAAGUUACCUUACACGUUAUGUUGUCUGACAAUUUGUUAGCGACGCUAUCCUUACGAACCACAUACCUUAUCAUUACAGAAGUAUGUACCGGUAUGUUAGCUAGCUAACGUUACCUGGCUACUAAUACAUCAAAAUUGCCAGUAUAUUAACUAUAUGUUUACUAACUAUCCAACGUUUAUUUACAUUAUUAUUCCCGUCAUUCGUAGCUAAGUGGUAAAGUGCCUUCUGCGUUGUCAAUGGACAUUUGGGUGGUUUCAUAAAUUCGCUCUGCUAUCUACUCCGAUUUCAGAACACUCGUCAAUGUACCAGAGCGCAGAACAACUGAUGGAUUUACAAACGUUCAACACCCGUUGAAUAUGGCCGGUGUCAGUAAACCUCGGCAAAAUGCGUAAUUAAGUUGUUGCCAGUAGUAGUUACAGUCACCAACGCUCUGGAUAACAUGAAAACUGCCAAACCAGCUCUGCCAGGGCGAGUAGAAUGGUCAGGGUGAGGUGUUCUCAUUUGUGUCUUCUGGAAGUAGCUAACAAGUUAGCCAGUUAGCUUGGGUGCGUGACUGUGGUUUUAAGGUCAGAACGCUGGAAUCAACCCUACUCCUCGGCCAGAGCGUCCAGCGAGCGCUCUGGCACUCCAGAUUGAAUUUAAGAACAGACCCGUCGUAAAAUGUCUAGCUAGUAAUUUGUUAUGCUAACAAUCUAGCAAGAGGUUGCAUAUAAACAGCAUCAACAUCCGGUAGACAGCAAAGCGCUCAACUGAAAGGAUACCAUUCGUUUACAGUGUACUAAAAUUAACUAAUAGUCUUCUUCUGUGAGGUUUAACGGCGGUUGGCAUCCAAUUUGUUGCAUUACCGCCACCUACUAGACCGGAGUACAACUCCCUUAUACGUUGCUUGAUAAAUAAAAAUGUACUAAAUAAAUACCCUACCAUCUAACACUACAUUCACUAAUUUCAAAAUUAUAUCAAAUGAACACCACCCUACUCCACCAAUUAAAUGUAUUUAUUUCUACCUCAUGCCAUCAUUCUGAAAGGAUGGAACAUCACCACACCCUUAAAUUCUUCUGAUGUCGAAGUCUCGCACACCCAAAUACCUCUCUGCAGCUGCCACCGCAACCUCCAUUUUCUGCGACUUCCGUUUCAUCCCUGUAGUACAGCUGAUAACCAUUGCUAUAAAUGCUAAAAAUCAAAUUUUACUGAAACUUAUAACACUUUUUGGCCUAUCCUUCUGUACGGGUAUAUAUCUGCUACUCUCACCACUCCUACCCCUUAACCCUUCUACCUUCUUCACUGCCUCAGCAUAUGACAACUUCAGCACUACUCUAACCCUGGAAAACUCAACUUGCCUCUCUCGCACGGCUGAACUAAUAGUAUGUAGUAUAUACUAUACAGUAUGUUAGUAUGGGUAUUCGAUCACAGCUCUAGUUUGUGUAAAUGUUUUUCCUAAAAUGUAAUGGAAAAAAUGUGGGUGGGAUCAGAAAACCAAAACAACAUUGCUUUUCGUUUGCUGCGGUUCAUCACAUGACAUCAGUGAUUAUACUCCACGCAUUUAUAUUGGACAACGGCUCUGUCCAUCAAAUACGAUAUGAAUGUUGUUCAGUAUGAGCUAAAAAAAGAGGUUCUGGAAAAAUGUCUACAGUGCCUGAUGGCAAGAAAUUGGUCCGAAGCCCAAGUGGACUUCGAAUGGUCCCGGAGAAUGGAGCGUUUAACAGCCCUUUUUCGUUAGAUGAACCCCAGUGGGUCCCGGACAAAGAGUGCCCAAGCUGUAUGCAGUGUGACAAAAAAUAUGACUUCCUUACAAGAAAGCACCACUGUCGCCGGUGUGGCCGGUGUUUCUGUGAUAAGUGCUGCAGUAAGAAGGUGGCUCUGCCCAGGAUGUGCUUCGUCGACCCAGUCCGGCAGUGUGGUGAGUGUAGCCUGGUCUCCCAGAAGGAAAUGGAGUUCUACGACAAACAGCUCAAAGUGCUUAUGGGAGGUGGUUCUUUUAUUGUCACUUUGGGCACCUCAAAGACGUCUGAGACCAUGAUGUGUCGUCUCUCCAACAACCACAGGUAUCUUUUCUUUGAUGGGGAGAGCCAUUUUGAGGUGGAACUGUCUCGGAUCUCCAGUAUGCAGGUGUUGAUGGAGGAGUCCACUCCUGAAGAGAAUGACAUUCACACUUACACAAGUCUGCUGGACAGUCAGUAUAUCUCUGAAGGGGGAAACUCUAGGGCCAGUGGCAUGUUGCUCCACUACAAACCCACUGGCUCUCAGGACCCUCAGCAGUUACGCAUGGAGGCAGCAGACGACAAGAAGACUGCCUCCUCAUGGCUGGCUGCCAUGCACAAGGCUGCCAAACUGCUGUAUGAAGCUCGGGACCGGUGACUCAUUGCUAAGAUGCCCAGAGCCUGAGAGUGAUGGCACAGACCAAGUGUUUUCUUUCCUACCCUUCCGUCUCACAUUCUCUAAAUGCUGACAGUGCAUUUCAGUAACAAUCCAUUGAACUAUUUGGCCAACCACCCAUCUAAUGCUGCUAUUCUUAAUGUUAUCAUAGACAUAAGCCAUUUGGCAUAACCAUUUCCCUUCACGUAAUGCUUUUAAGGUCAUUUUUUUAUGUGAUCUGUGACAUAGUUCAAGUUAAGUUUCUUUGUUCAUGCUGUCUAUACUCUACUUUCAGUGCUGGCAGAUUUGGAUCCUUACCACUUCCUUAGGGAUCCACAGAUUAGUCACUGAUUCUAGUGGUAUAUACACACACACACACACACACACACACACGUAUGUGGACACCCCUUCAAAUAAGUGGAUUCGGCUAUUACGUCCACACCCAUUGCUGACAGGUGUAUAAAAUCGAGCGCACAGCCAUACAAUCGCCAUAGACAAACAUUGGCAGUAGAAUGGCCUUACUAAAGCCCAGUGACUUUCAACGUGGCACUGUCAUAGGAUUGCCACCUUUCCAACAAGUCAGUUCGUCAAAUUUCUGCCCUGCUAGAGCGGCCCCAGUCAACUGUAAGUGCUGUUGUGAAACGUCUAGGAGCAACAGCGGCUCAGCCACAAAGUGGUAGGCCACACAAGCUCACAGAACUGGACCGAUGAGUGCUGAAGCACAUAAAAAUCAUCUGUCCUCUGUUGCAACAUUCACUAUCGAGUUCCAAACUGCCUCUGGAAGCAAGGUCAGCACAACAACUGUUCAUCGGAAGCUUCAUGAAAUGGUUGUCCGAACAGAUCACCAUGCGCAAUGCCAAGCGUUGGCUGGAGUGGUGUAAAGCUUGCUACCAUUGAACUCUGGAGCAGUGGAAAGCGUUGUCUGGAAUGAUGAAUCGCGCUUCACCAUCUGGCAGUCCGUUGGACGAAUCUGGGUUUGGUAAAUGCCAGGAGAACUCUACCUUCCCCAAUGCAUAGUGUCAACUGUGAAGUUUGGUUGAGGAGGAAUAAUGGUCUGGGGCUGUUUUUCAUGGUUCUGGCUAGGCCCCUUAGUUCCAGUGAAGGGAAAUCUUAACGCGACAGCAUACAAGGACAUUCUAGACUAUUCUGUGCUUCCGACUUUGUGGCAACAGUUUGGAGAAGGCCCUUUCCUGUUUCAGCAUGACAAUGCCCUCAUGCACAAAGCGAGGUCCAUACAGAAAUGGUUUGUUGAGAUCGGUGUGGAAGAACUUGACUGACCUGCAGAGAGCCCUGACCUCAACCCCAUCGAACACCUUUGGGAUGAAUUGGAACGCCAACUGCGAGCCAGGCCAAAUCGCCGAACAUCAGUGCCUGACAUCGCUAAUGCUUGUGGCUAAAUGGAAGCGAGUUCCCCCAGCAAUGUUCCAACAUCUAGUUGAAAGCCUUCCCAGAAGAGUAGAGGCUGUUAUAGAAGCAAAGGGGGGACCAACUCUAUAUUAAUGCCUGAUUUUGGAAUGAGAUGUUCGACUAGCAGGUUUCCACAUAAGUGUGUGUGUGUGUGUGUGUGUACACACAGUUGAUUAAAUUCUUUAAAUGUAGUCCCAUACAUAGAAUUUUUGUAUAAACUAUUUUGUUAAAUAUUCCUAUUUUAACACAAUGCGGUGUAUGUACUUUUUACAGCUAAAAUAUUUAGUAUAGUUUUUGUAGCACUUGUAUAACAAAAAGUUUAUUCCUACACUACAAGAUGACUUAAACAUUUUGUUUUCAUGUUGGGUUGCUUUACUUUUUAUAAAUGAAUUGCACAGCCACAACACCAACAAUCUAACCCUUAACCUAAGGGUACAAUAUGCUGUUUAAUGUAACACUUUUACUCUUCUGAUUUGUUGGCUUAUAUCCAACGUAUUAUGCUUCACAUACCAAAUAAAAUACUUAAGACAGGUU